CAGAAGUGGGGUGAUGAUUGUGUCUUACUGUUGAACGUUGAACUAUUGAACAUUGAACAUGUGUCCUUCUCAGUCCUUCUGCAUUGAUACUUUGACUUCCUGUGAGCAUACUGUUAUCGAAAAACUUUCUUGAAAGCCAGUUGAACGUGCAUCCUUACCUGCACUUACACUGUCGUACUAAAAUUCAUCAUACAAUGGGUCCGGGUUUUGCUAUUUAAACAUCGAAGUAUAUCUGUGUUCCCCCAAGGGUCUGUCUCUUAUUUCUAGUGCUGCUGCUCUCAUUGUUCUAGGACUUCAUACAUUGCAUCCUGACUCCAUUGUCUACAAAUUCUGAAUUAACCAACUACUGAAAGAAAUGAGCACUCUCAGAGUAACAAACAAUACCGCCCAGGAUAUCUAUGUCAGUGUCACUGCAACUGGUGGAGACUUCGACAAAGGUGGGAAUGAGAACUGGUUCACUCUCAAGGCUAAUGGAGGGAGUGAUACCUGGGGAUCCCGAACUCAGUGGCAAGUGAUACGCUUCACUAGAAGUCAAACCCCAGGUGCAUUAGUUGAGACUAUCCUUGGGGUUCCUGGUUCAACCGUGAACAUAUAUUAGUCAGGAUGGUAGGAAGUUUGGUAUAAAUGUAGUGAUGCUUCCCUCUCAUAAAGUGUUAGGUGUAUCUGCACCUCGAUAAAUGAUGAUGAACUGGCAAUAGCAGUUGAUAAGAUUACUUGAUCAGAUAGGCUGCAGCUGUAGCAGAAGGGUCAAACUUACUAUUACU